CGUUUUUUGAAUGGAUAAAGAACGACCAUAAAAUUUUUUAACAAAAGUAAAAAUUUCAGUCUGAUUUUUUUUAUUUGUGUUAAACAACUUUAAACGGAAGGAAUAAGAAAGGGAUCAGGAAAACAAUAGACAAUUCGGUGGGAGUGCCGGCGUUGAAGAUGACAAUCUGUGUAUAUAUUGAACAAGUCAUAAACAUGCGUUGUCAUCAACAAUGACAUCAUCAUCAUUAUCAUCAUCAUGGAUAUUUGUGUCGGUUUUUAGCAUAUUUGCACAUAUAUAUGGUCGAAUAGAAGGUACGGUGAGUGAUGACGUCACAUGCGUUAUGACAUAUCAGAACUGGAUAUCGCCAACAAGUCUGACUGUAAACUGGGCACUUCCUCGCCAAGCUCCUAAACGGGAACAAAUGGACAUUAAUAUUACUUGGUAUUCAUUUAAUGUAGGCUCGUGUCCGGAAAUGGAACUAACAUCCUGUACGUGGAAUUACGGUUCCGGGAUGAGUUUUAAUGAAAACUUUCGUCUAAGCGUAAUAAUUAUCGAGAAGAAAACUAAACACAUGGUUUUUAAUAAAGAAUGGGAAGUAAAUCCGGACGAUUGUUUAAAAGCGCCCUCUGUCGACAAAGUGUUAUUAGAAGCUAUAAACAGCACGUGCAUAAAUAUGACAUGGUGGUAUGAGGAGAGAUCAAAAUGUUCAGAUUUUGAUGACAAGUAUUAUCAAAUUUCCUAUAGAAAAAAUGAUACAGAAUCAGUGAUGGUAGUAAACCAUGGCAACAUAACUAUAGAAACAUCGUGCAAUACAAGUAGAAUUGUAUGUGAUCUUCACCCAUAUACCACCUAUAUAUUUAAUGUACAGACAAAGUUUUGUGACUGGCAGAAAAUGAUAAGAGGGCAUUACAGUGACGGGACAUUCUCAAUGUUUACAACUCCUGAAGAUGUACCUGCUGGUGUACCUGGUGUUACAACAGGAUGCUUUAGCGAGGUUCAAAAUAAAUGUACUGAUGAAAAUAUUCGAGUUAUCCGGAUUUAUUGGAAGGAUGUGUCAAGUGACUUAAAACAAGGCAUUAUAACACAUUUUAUGUUGGACAUAUUUAUCAACACGACUACUUCAAACAGACACGUGACUUCACUAUCAGUUCCUGGUGACAAUUAUAAUAAUUUAGCUACACUAACAUGUGACUCGGGAUAUGACAUCAGACUAAGAGCAGCGACAUCUGUCGGAGCUUCUUCUCUAUAUUCGUCAUUAUUUAUACCACAGUUCAACGAAGGUAAUGAAGACAUAAUCCAAGAUGUGGUACCAGUUAUCGCAAACAACAGUUUCCUUGUAUAUUGGCUCAUGAACCCGCAAACUGGUAUCAACCGGUCAAGUGAUUUACGUGUGUUCUGGUGUUAUAAGGACGUCACAAAUAGAUGCAUGUCUCCGAUAAACUGGACCAAUAUAUCAGAAGAGUCGUCCUUUGGCUAUGUUCUAAAUCAGGACGGACCCGUGCCACGCAGAUAUCGGUUUGGGAUUGGGCAUGUUGAAACCGGCAUUAAAUGGUCGAAGUGCCUGUAUACACAAGCCGAAGAUUUACGGCCUCCUGUUGGUUUAAGGUUGGAGUCCCACAAGUCUUCGCCACCUGGAUCUAUAGUGAUUUACUGGGAUAAUUUACCUUGUGAAAGUCAACCACCUCGUCCAUAUAUAAACCAGUUCAUCAUCACUAUCUGUAAAGUUAAACUAAACAAUCUAUGUCAAGAUAAAGCGGUUGUAAAAUAUGUGACCGGCGAAAGAAAUAACAUUAGAAUCAGCGACCUUGACAGCAGUGUUAGUUACAUGGUAUGCGUGCAAAGUGAAGGUUUGUUCAUGGAUCACCGUGGUCAAAAUAGUUGUAUCAUUGGUAAACCAGCAGGAGCAAAACGAAAUCAUUCUUCAUUAAUUGUGGUAGUUGUAGCGAGUUCAUGUAUCGUCGUCUGCUUUAUCUGUGUAAUAUGUGGCAUUGUAAAAGUGAAAAAUAAAAUGAAAAAAUUCCCAAUUACUGUUCCGGAAUUCAUUGACAACGACCAAGAUAUAAAUUCAAGAAGAAGUAUAUUCGAGAAUGAUUACAGUGUUCAUGAACUCAGCUCGACCACAUCCUCGGAUACCGGAUACAUACAUUUACUCUCAUAAACUAUUACAUUUUU